UAGAGGCAAACGUACAAAAUGUCUCUCGACGUUAAUGUUAGCGAACCGGAUGAAUUUAAUUGUGUAGAAUUACAUAGUGCUAUAGAAAACGUUGCCAAAAUAAGAAAUAUUCAAGAAUUCAGUUACCAUGUUGAUUAUUUGAAUGGAAAUGGGUAUAUCGCUAAUAUAUUCAGAGUGAUUCUUAUAGAAAAUGAAAGUGAUAAACGUAUCAAUGUUAUUGUUAAAACACUUAUUAAUACAGCUAGAAAGGAAUUGUUCAGUGAAUUACAUUGUAGGGAAGUGAAAGCAUAUACCCAGAUAAUUAACAAGUUUCUAAGCAUACAGAAUGAUAUAAAGGAAUCCAGAAGAUUGAUUUUACCAACGUGUAUAUAUUCCAGUAUAGAAAAAGGGAAUGAACUUCUUAUAUUCGAAGAUUUAUUGGUAAAUGGAUUUACAGUUAACAUAGCUACAGAUAAAUUAUCUUUCCGUUGUGUAGGUAAAAUUUUUUCAGAGUUAGCGAAAUUUCAUGGAUUAUCUUUCGUCUUUAAGAAAAAUAAUACUGAGCUAUACGAUAAUCUUGCUGAAGAUUUUAAUGAUUUGGUAUUUCAAUACAGUUUUUUGAAUAAAAGCCAAUUGAAAGACUAUUUUUUAGACUCGUUCGAAAUGUCUUUAAAUGAUUUAGAAAAUAUAGAAAUAAAGAAUAAAUUGGAGAAUAUAAAACCAAAAUUAUUAAGAUUACUUCAGAGUUAUGUGAAGCCCAAACAAAUAAAUGUGUUUUGUCAUGGUGAUAUUUGGAUCAACAACAUAUUGUUCAAGCAGUCGGACGGUGAAACAAAAUUAUGUUUUUUGGAUUUCCAAACAUUGAGAUUCGCAAACCCGGCAACCGAUAUCAUUUAUUUUCUUUACAUAUGUACAGAUUCUGAGUUCAGAUCAUUGCAUUUAGACGAACUAAUAAAGAUAUACUAUGACAGCCUUAAAGGAUUUUUAAAUCUAUUUGACAUCGAUGUCAAUAGUUUAUACACAGAAAACAAACUAAGGGAUGAUAUCGAAGAAUACAAAGUAUUUGGAUUUUUAAUAACGUUAAUAGAAAUCAAGAUAAUAUCAAAUCACCUUGAAGAACUGAAUAGUAUUCGAAAAUCAGAAAUGGAUCUUACAAACCUACCAGAUAUAGAAAAGAAAACUUUAGGUAAAGCAAGAAUUAACGAUGUUGUUACAGAAUCUUGUAAAAACGGUGUAUUAGAGAAGCUGUUUAAUAUAGCUUCAACCAUCUAAAUAAAGUUCUAUAUAUAUAACUGAA